GACGUGUCAGUUCAUUCGCUAGAGACGGGUUUGUAAAGAAACUGAACACCGUCGUUCCUAAGCGUUCGCCAUUGCCAAAUCGCCAGCAGAUCUUUGCGUUUCUCUUUGAAUUUGAUGUUCUCUUCAGAUUACGUUCUAUCCAGUCUGAACUUUAUAUUCCAAUCACUUAACCUUAUUAGAGCUUACAGGUUACCCCUGCCGGAGAUCAAUCAUGCUGAAAUGGAGUUUCUUGGUUUCGGUUCUUUUGGGUCUGAUGUCCACCGUUGCUGUUUCGAUGCGGUUCGAGCUUCAAUCGGGCGGCACCAAAUGCAUUUCGGAUGACAUUAAAACCAAUGCCAUGACGGUCGGCAAGUAUUCGGUGAUUAGUCCCAACGAAGAUGUUCCCAUUCCCGAUUCUAGCAAACUCACUGUCAGGGUCAGUUCGCCUCAUGGCAACACGUAUCAUAAUGCGGAUAAUGUGGAUUCUGGAAAUUUCGCGUUCACUGCAGCCGAGUCUGGUGAUUAUACUGCUUGUUUUUGGGCUCCGGAACAAAAACCCCCAGGUUCAGUUACAGUUGAAUUUGAUUGGAGGUCCGGUGUUUCUUCUAAGGAUUGGUCCAAGGUUGCUAAGAAAGGGCAGAUUGAAAUAAUGGAAUACGAGUUGAAGAAGUUGUACGACACUGUAAUCUCUAUACAUGAUGAGAUGUUUUACCUCCGUGAAAGAGAGGAGGAGAUGCAGCAACUGAACAGAUCAACAAACGCAAAAAUGGCCACCUUUAGUAUCCUAUCACUUGGAGUUUGCUUGUCUGUCGCUGGUUUACAGUUGUGGCAUCUCAGGGCAUUCUUUGAACGCAAGAAGUUGCUCUGAUUUUUUUCCCUCCCAUUUAAUAAACUCUCUCUCCCUCUCUCUGUUUUCUGAUAUAUAUUUUUUAAAUUUUCUUUUAGUCUAUUUUUCUUUUAAUU